AUGCUGCCCCUAAUAAACAAGCCCUUCGAGCUCCUGUCCCCAGGACUUGGCGUGCCUACAGACGACAUCAAGCUCGUGUUUUCAUGGCUACUCUCGUAUCCACUGGCUGCUCUUCUCAAGUGCAUUCCUGAUUCUCGACCUGACCUUAAGAAUAUUUACGUGAUAAGCGCGUCGAUAUUCUAUCUUGUUGGCCUCUUCAAUCUCUGGGCUGGUUUGCAAACUCUUUUCAUUAGUUCCGCUGGGACAUAUCUCAUUGCCAAUACGUUUCGCCACAGUCCUUUCAUGCCAUGGAUCGGCUUUGUCUUCGUGAUGGGGCACUUGUCCAUCAACCAGAUCAGUCGACAGCUAGAAAGUAAUCCGGCCGACGUCGACAUUACUGGUGCGCAGAUGGUACUGGUCAUGAAGCUCAGCGCGUUCUGCUGGAACGUGGCAGAUGGUCAGCUUCCUAGCGACCACUUGUCCGAUUUUCAGAAGGAUAGGAAGCUGGUAGAGCUUCCACCCCUGCUGGAGUACGCCGGUUAUGUCAUGUUUUUCCCUUCACUCUUUGGUGGUCCUACGUUCGAAUACGUCGAGUAUCGCCGGUGGCUGGACACUUCCAUGUUUGAUCUACCGCCCAAUCUGGAAGCUUCAAAAAAGCCACCGGUGAGAAGGCAACGCAAAGUCCCUCGCAGUGGAACUCCAGCGGCGUGGAAAGCAGCAUCUGGUCUCAUGUGGAUUGCUUUCUUCGUAUUCAUGUCCGGUUCCUUCAGCCCUUCAAGGCUAACUCACCCGGCCUUGCUUGAGCACGGCUUCAUCCGCCGCGUGUGGAUCUUAUACUGCGUCGGGUUGACCGCAAGGAUGAAGUACUAUGGAGCAUGGUCCCUGGCUGAAGGUGCAUGCAUCCUCACUGGGCUCGGAUACAAUGGUGUCGACCCCAUCACCGGCAGAGUCUCGUGGAACAGGCUACAGAACAUUGACCCCAGAGGCGUCGAGUUGGCCCAGAAUGUACGCGGGUACCUCGGCAGCUGGAAUAUGAAUACCAACAAGUGGCUCCGGAACUAUGUAUACCUCCGUGUUACACCCCGAGGGAAGAAGCCCGGAUUCCGAGCUAGUCUCAUGACAUUUGGAACCAGUGCGCUUUGGCACGGCUUCUAUCCCGGCUAUUAUAUGACAUUUAUUCUGGCAAGCCUCAUCCAAACCGUGGCCAAAAACUUUCGCCGCUACGUCCGCCCUUUCUUCCUCGACCCAGACUCCGGUCUGCCGAACCGCAAGAAGAAGUAUUACGACGUGCUAUCUUUUCUCACUACGCAGGUGGUGAUGUCAUUUGCCGUUGCUCCUUUCCUCAUUCUUAGCUUUUCCGGAUCCGUCUUGGUCUGGUCGCGAGUUUACUUCUUUGCCAUCGUGGGCGUGGCCGUCUCGAUGGGCUUCUUCGCGUCUCCGGGGAAGCAGAUCUUGAAGCAAGGGUUAGAAAGUCGCCAGCGGCGGCCAGGCAUCCAGCUUGGCCGUACCUUAAGCUCCGAUAGCCUCGUUGGGCGCGAACCAGUCCUCGGUGUGGCGGCGGAUCCAGAAAGGGAGUUGGAUGAGGCAGUCCAAGAGAUCAGAGCUGAGGUGGAGGCUCGUCACCGAGUGAAAACCAGGCACCACAAAGCAUAA